ACAGCGCGGAGAGUCCCGGCGGUUCAGGCGCGGCGUCUGGCAGGCAACAUGGCUCCGGCGGAGAAGAUCAAGGCCAAGAUCAAGAAGACGCUGCCCGUGACGGGCCCCCAGGCCCCCACCCUGAAGGAGCUGAUGCACUGGUACUGCAUGAACACCAACACCCACGGCUGCCGGCGCAUCGUGGUCUCCCGGGGACGCCUGCGCCGCGUCCUCUGGAUCCUCCUGACCUUGACAGCGGUGGGGCUGAUCCUGUGGUACUGCGCCCAGUUGGUCAUCAACUACUACACGGCCUCCGUCUCCGUCACCGUACAGUUCCAGAAGCUGCGCUUCCCAGCCGUGACCAUCUGCAACAUCAACCCUUACAAAUACAGUGCCAUAAAGGAGCACCUCGCAGACCUGGACAAGGAGACCCUGUCAGUGCUGGAGUCCUUGUAUAACUUCUCGGGAGCAGGAAGCCAGCCCCGGGAACGCCGCGAUGCGGGCAGGCAGCCCCCCGAGGAAAGCAAGUUUCUCAGGCAGUUUCCCCUGAUGAAACUGGCCGACCUCCGCGCCAAGCCCACCAUCAACGUCUCCGCCGGGUACAAGCGGCGGAUGAAUGCUGGAAUCAUCUCGGGCAGCUCCAGCAUAGUCAACGUUAGGAGCCCCCGGGACAUCGUGGGCUUCCAGCUGUGUGACACCAGCAACAAGAGCGACUGCACCGUGUACACCUUCAGCUCAGGCGUCAAUGCCAUCCAGGAGUGGUACAAGCUGCACUACAUGAACAUCAUGGCUCAGAUCAGUGCGGAGGAGAAAGAGCGGAUGAGCUACUCGGCAGAGGAGCUGAUGCUGAGCUGCCUGUUUGACGGGGACUCCUGUGAUGCCAGGAACUUCACUUCCUUCCACCAUCCUCUCCACGGAAAUUGCUACACCUUCAACAGUGGUCAAGGGGGGAAGAUCCUGACCACAUCCACGGGAGGCAGUGAGAAUGGGCUGCAGGUGAUCCUGUACAUAGAGGAAGCCGACUACAACCCCUUCCUGGUGACCUCCACGGGGGCAAAGAUUGUGAUCCAUGACCAGGAUGAGUACCCCUUCAUUGAGGACAUCGGCACUGAGAUAGAGACGGCCACGGCCACCUCCAUCGGGAUGCACUAUACCACGUCCCACCGUCUCAGCCGGCCGUACAGCAACUGCACGGAGGAUGGAGCGGAUGUUCCUGUGCAGAACCUCUACAACAAAAGCUACUCAUUGCAGAUCUGCCUGCAUUCCUGCCUCCAGAAUUCAAUGGUGAAAACCUGUGGAUGUGCCCAGUAUGCUCAGCCGCUGCCGGCCGGAGCCGAAUUCUGCAACUAUAAGAAAUACCCCAAUUGGAUGUACUGCUACUACAAGCUGCACGAACGAUUUGUGAAAGAGCAGCUGGGCUGCCAGCAAAUCUGCAGAGAAGCUUGCAAAUUGAAAGAGUGGACGCUGACCACCAGUCUGGCCCAGUGGCCGUCCAGCAUGUCCGAGGAGUGGAUCCUGCGCGUUCUCUCUUGGGACAAAGGCCUAAAGAGCCACAAGAUGUUAAACAAGACAGACCUGGCAAAUCUAGUGGUGUUCUACAAAGACCUGAACGAGAGGUUCAUCACCGAAAAUCCAGCCAACAAUAUUGUCCUGCUCCUGUCCAACUUCGGCGGCCAGCUGGGGCUGUGGAUGAGCUGCUCGGUGGUCUGCGUCAUUGAGAUUGUGGAGGUCUUCUUCCUGGACACGUUCUGCAUUGUCCUGCGUUACCAGUGGCAGAAAGUCAAGCGGUGGUGGAGGGGCCACUCAAGCGUGCAGGACCAAAAAGAGGCCGAUGGGGGGCCCCCAACCCGCCCAGAGCAGGGGUAUCACAACGCGGCCUGCGCCCAGGAUGACGACGACCCCCCCACCUUCAACACGGCCAUGCGGCUGUCCCCGCCCCAAACGCCCCCACCCAACUAUAACACUCUGAAACACAUCAGCCCCUUUUCGGAGCAGCUGGAGGACACCCUGGAGGUCAGGGCCCAGUGAGGCCCAGCGGUCUCCACAGAAAGACCCGGGGGACUUGGAGUGCUGCCACUGGAGGCCGGAAGCCAGCAACACAGCGACUCCCUGUGCAAGGCUCAAUUGGGGGCGUGCAUUUCUCCCCCCUUCAUCUCUGCCCUUGUGGGUGGGGGGCUGCUGUUACCACGCGUGAGGAUGGCAGGCAGGGCACUCAGGCAAAGUGGCAUCCAUUCCAUGGCCUUGAACUCUGGACAGGAGUGGCCUUCUCUCUCAGUUGGGAAGCCUCUCUGGCGGCCAAAUGGCCCCAUCCUGGAGUCCAGGGCGUGGCCCAGGAGAGCUCCAGGCACCUCUGGGGGGCAGCCACGGUGUGAGCAUCUAAGGCUGGCUCAUUGGCUGGGGGGCAGGAGGCCAGUUCCCCAGGAGGUGGGGAGCAGUUGCUGACCUUAAGGCCUCUGCCUGACUGGCUCUAUUUCAGCUAGUCCUGGAAAGUCCAAAACAUCCUCAAAGAUCCAUCUCAUCCUGGGAACCCCUUUUUUUGAACUAUU